AUGGGGGGAAGCGCCCGAAACCUGGAAGUCCUGGAAGGGGGUGUCGCCCCCAGGCAGUCUCCCUACCAGAGGCUAAGUCAGAGGAUGCUGGACAUUUCCGGGGACCGCGGCGUGCUGAAGGAUGUCCUCCGAGAAGGCACUGGAGGCCUGGUGACACCUGAUGCUUCCGUGUUAGUGAAAUAUUCUGGGUAUCUGGAGCACAUGGACAGGCCCUUUGAUUCUAAUUGCUUUAGGAAAACUCCUCGGCUCAUGAAACUGGGAGAGGAUAUUACGCUGUGGGGCAUGGAGCUGGGCCUUCUGAGCAUGCGGAAAGGAGAGCUGGCCAGGUUUCUGUUCAAACCAACCUACGCCUAUGGAACACUGGGCUGCCCUCCCUUGAUCCCCCCGAACACCACCGUCCUGUUCGAGAUUGAGCUGCUUGACUUCCUAGAUUCUGCCGAGUCUGACAAGUUUUGCGCCCUGUCAGCUGAGCAACAAGACCAAUUUCCACUUCAGAAGGUCCUAAAAGUGGCAGCUACCGAACGAGAGUUCGGCAACUACCUUUUCCGCCAAAAUCGUUUCUAUGAUGCCAAAGUGAGAUAUAAACGGGCCUUGUUACUCCUCCGCCGGCGAUCAGCACCCCUUGAAGAGCAGCACCUGGUGGAGGCCGCCAAGCUUCUUGUUCUCCUUAACCUGUCCUUUACAUACCUGAAGCUGGAGCGACCCACCAUGGCCCUGCGCUAUGGAGAGCAGUCUCUGAUCAUUGACCAAAAGAAUGCCAAGGCCCUGUUCAGGUGUGGACAGGCUUGUCUCCUCAUGACUGAGUAUCAGAAGGCCCGGGAUUUUCUAGUCCGCGCUCAGAAGGAACAGCCCUUCAAUCAUGACAUCAAUAAUGAGCUGAAGAAACUGGCUAGCUAUUACCGGGACUAUAUGGAUAAAGAGAAAGAAAUGUGCCAUCGAAUGUUUGCUCCUGGUGAUAAUGACUCGACAGUAGGAGACACUGGAAGGUGGGGGAACUCAUACUGGAUGAGGGACCGCAGGAGGGGCACAGACCCUGCUUCGAACUCGGGCCUAAGGGCCGCGAGGGAAGCCUGGUUAACGACCGGGAGUCCGUGGAGGGGUGAUGCACUAGGCGUCCCAGAACGAGUGGCCCGGGGAAGAGACAUUUCCCAGCAAGGGGAAACGCGCGGAGGCGGGAAACUCCGGGCCCACCCGGGGGCCCGCGGGCGCGAAAGUGAGCUCAAUCUGGAGGCAGUGUGCCCCGGCCAGCGCUGCGGCCUAGCUACGCGCCCGCCGCUCGGGUUUCCGUGCCCGCCCGCCGUUUUCGGCGCGUCAGCAGAGCGGAAACGAGCGCGGCGCCAGCCUCGAGCGGCGAGCGCGGCCUGGCAGCGCCGCCGGCAGCUCCGCAGGUUGGGUUCCGCCCGCGUUUGUGUUGGCAGCUGCCCCCGGCGCGCGGCGUGGCGCGAUGAAAGGGCCUUCUGUCUGCGCCUGAGCGGCCUGCUCGGCUUGCUUUCUUAA